AUGAAGAUUCAAUAUCGGGAUGAAACCCUCGAGUUUGAGGACGUCGCGGAUGAAACAAUCCAUGAUUUGGCAUCCAGAUGCGCGGACAGUAUUGGUGCCGAUGUCGAGCGAGUGUCCUUGUUCUUUCUCCCCAAACCAGGCUUGACCAAAUACCCCUUCGCCGAUCGCAGACUCGAUGACUUUCUCACUCCUACUACGCGGAUCAAAUUGAUAGGAACCCCAAAUGCCGAAGUCAAGAAGAUGGACGAAAUGGGCGGUGCAAGUCGAAGAGCGACGCGACCAAGCAGCUUCAAGCCGGUUAAAGCCAACAAGACGCGAGAUUGGAAGAAGAUCCAAGAAGAGAGCACGUACACGUUUCGUGCGAUUGAGCCCCUGCCAUAUCUUCCCAAUCCUGAAAAGAGCAGACGAUAUCUGGAAAGAUUAGCCAACGACCCAGGAAUCAAGGCUUCGAUGCGCAAACAUAAAUUCAGUGUUGGUCUCCUGACAGAAAUGAACCCGGCGGAGCAUACGACGCACGAAUCCAAGACAUUGGGCUUGAAUCGAAAUAGAGGAGAAGUGAUUGAAUUAAGACUGCGGACGGACCGAUACGACGGGUAUAGAGAUUACAAGGUUAUCCGGAAGACCCUUUGCCACGAACUUUCCCACAACGUCUGGGGUGAACACGACCGGAAUUUCUGGAAUUUGACAAGAGAAAUUGAGCAAGAGGUGGAGCGAAACGACACGCUUCAUGGCGGGCAUCGUCUGUCCAACGAGGAAUUCUAUAAUCCUAAUGACACAUACGAUGCUAGUGAACACGCAGACCACGGAGGUUGGACAGGAGGAGACUUUGUCCUGGGGAGAGGGAAACAUGGCGAGAGUGAGGCGGGCUUGAGUCGACGAGAGAUCAUCGCUCGAGCAGCGAUGAGCAGGCAGCAGAAGCAAAGAGAGGCGAAAGAGCAUCAAGACGAGCCGUCCCCGUCAACGUGA